UCUGUCACUCGUGAGAGAAGGGCGGAAGUGCCUGGCGGGCGCCGCCAUCUUGGCCGCAAUGGUACUCGCACGGGGCCAAACCUGCCAGGGACGGUGAUCGCCUUUGGGGAAGGGAAGGGCAUGGGCAAGGAGAGGCGCGGCAUGGUGGGAAGCGCGCGCGGGCAGAGCCCACCGGCCGAAGAUGCAGACGAGAGGAAGGACUCCGCUUUUGCAGAACGGAUGCUGGACACAGUCCUCGGCUCCCUGUAUGACUUCGGUGAAUCAUCACCAGAUGAAUGCAAAAAGAAAAGGAACAAGAAAAGACACUCUCAAUGGAUAACAGCAACAGCAGUCAACCCUACUGUAUCACUUGUUAAUCCUGAACAUGGUAUACCUUCUUCAGGCAAGAGGAAAAGUGUGUCCAGCUUCUUUGACAAUCUGAAAGAGGAACUGGCAGGUGUUAGUCAGAAAAAGUGUGUCUCAGGAUCCAGUUCCCCUGAUCCUCUCCCAUUUAAAAGUGGCCAAGAAGAAAAGGCAACACAGAUUGAAGUUGUGAAAUUUCAUGGUCGACACAGAAAGAAGAAAGCUAAAGUUGAAAUCCCUGGAGGUGAUGACACAAAGGCAAAAAUGGCUGCUGAAGAAACAUGUAUGGACUCCCAAGAAUUUAACUUAGAAAAAGCCCGCUUGGAAGUACACCGGCUUGGAAUUACAGGAUUUACAAAGAAGGAACAGCGGGUUUUGGAGCAAGAACGUGCUAUCAUGUUGGGGGCAAAGCCUCUGAAAAAGGAGUAUGUGAACUACAAAAUUCUUCAAGAGCAAAUCAAAGAAAAACAAGCAGCAAAGAAGAAAGAAAAUAUGGCGGAAAAUAAAUCGGAUUCUCUCAAGAGAAGAAAGAAAAGAGGGCAUGAAGAUAGAAAAUCCAAGAAGACAACAAAACAGAACAUACUGCCAACAGGACGGAUGGGAAAAUUUAAAAAUGGAACUUUGAUUCUUCAUAGUUGUGACAUAAGGAAGAUCAAAUCUUCCAAGUUGAGUAAAUGAACUUAUGUUGAACACAGAAUGGGAUGAACAAACUCUGUAGCAAAAUAACCCUUUUUAUUUAAAAAAAUCUAAUUGUUACUUUUUAAAAAAAAUAAAAGCACAUUUAAAGAU